AUUGUCUUCGCGUCGCGGACUAAUCACGUCAUGUGCUCCAAACUCUUCAGUCGAGUGACUUUGACGUAAUUGAGAGGCGGCAAGAUGGCUACGGCGGCUUGGCUGCAUGUCCCUAAGAAUAUGCGGCUCACUGAAGGUUUAGUGUCCGCGCUGAAAGAAGAGCGACCCGAAUAUGUACCUGCACUUUUAUCGAAUUAUCGGGAGCAUGGCGUGGUCGGGACGCAGAACUGUGGGACAGUGGGAGGACUUGUGGGCAUCAGCAACUCGCGCCUUGGCUCCAGCAAAACAAGGUUUGAGGGUCUGUGCAUGUUGUCUAUGCUGGUGAAAGACAGCUCAAGUGAGGUGUUCCAGCAGCACUGUCUCUCAUGGCUACGCUCUCUUCAGCAGAUCAUCCAGUCGCAGGCCCCUCUACCCUCUGUGCAAUUGGCAGUGAAUGUGCUACAGGACGUUCUGCAAUACUCGUCUCAGCUGCCCGAGCUGGCCAGAGAAGUGGGCCUUAACUCCAUCCUGGGCAUUCUCACAUCUCUACUAGGGCUCAAGUCUGAGUGCCACUUGGCUGCCAUGGAGGGGAUGAUGGCGUGUAUGACAUAUUACCCUCGUGCAUGUGGCUCGCUUAAGGAAAAGCUGGGGGUUUAUUUCCUGUCUAAGAUGGACUCUGACAACCCUAAAGUGCAGGAUGUGGCUUGUAAGUGUUACGGGCGGCUGCCUUGCCUCGGAGGUGUGCUCGAGCGUGGAGGAGGGGGACGCCGGGCUGAGGGAUGGACUAGUCAGGUUCACUGUCUUCUGGCAUCAGCCAAUAGCAUUCUGGGACAGUUAUACCAGGGAAUAGAGACCGAAGAAACCAUGCAGUACGAGGGUCCAGGUGUAGAGCUGCCCUUUCUUCCACUGGAUGAUGUCGAUCCCCUGUUGAUUCUUCAGCUGCGCCAUCGCUACAGAUCAGUGUGCCUGGCUCUUAAACAUACACUCAGUGUUGAUCCAGCCAUCUCAGUGCGUCUUCCCGUUCAGCAUAUCCUUAAUCUGGUGUGUCGUGCCCUGGCUGUCGGCAUUAAGAAUAUUAACGUGACAAGUGAAGGUUGCUUGAAGCUGCUGGUUUUGCCAUCAAUACAUAGUGACACUUUGGAGGUGCUCUCUGCUCUAAUUAAAGUUGUGGGUGCUGGCUUGGUGCAGUAUUGUAAUGUGCUGUCCAGGCUUUUCUCUCAGGCACUUUGUGCAUGGACGCCUCUGCCAGAGGCCAGCCUUGGCCAGCAAAGAGCAUACAGUGCUGUACGGGUGGCCCUGUAUCACACACUGGAACUGUGGGUAUGUGUAAGCAGGGCCUCUUCUUCAGUACUGCAGGGAAACUCGUCUCACUCAGAACUGCUCUUUGCUCAUCUCAUUGGUGACAUUACACCUGGAACUGAGGCUGUUAAACUCCGUGCCGGACAGGCAGCAAUGUCUGAUCUAGUUUCUGCACCUGGAAAGACAGGACCUCGGCGAACAAAAGGAAUUGGUAUAGUAGAGCCAGGCGGAGUCUCACUGCAAAGAAAGGGCGAUGCAUUAGCCAAUCAGGAUACAUGUUUUGCAGCUCUACGAGUCCUUAGACAGAUCAUAUUGACCAGCGGCACACUGUUGAAAGAAGAUCUACAUAAGAAACUGCAGGAUCUGGUGGUCCCACUGUGUGUGAGACUCCAGCAGCAGGCUCAGUGCAGUAACUGGGAUAUGGGAGGUGUUAGUGGUCAGUAUGGCAGCGCUGCCCCACGCUGUGAGCUCUAUGCCUUGCUGCUGGCUUUGGUGCUUGUCCCGUCUCCUCGCUGGCCGGCUCCACUCUCCUGCGCUGUGUGCGUGUUCAGCCAAGGACGCAAAGACCGUAAUAUCACUGUUUCCUCAUACUGUGCUGAGGCAUUGACUAUAUGCAAUGCUUUGCUUCAUCCACGGACACCGUCCAUCUCCCUCCCUCUACCUCCGCUGGCUCUAAAGCCGACCCCAGCAGCAUCUGUCCUAGCCCCUACUCAGAAUCCCUCUCUCUCCCUCCCUACACUCCUGGGGGCACCUGCACCAGGGCCUUCUUUUGCUCCCAGACAUCCUCUAAGCUUAGACUCUGCUUCACUCCUGGGUUCCUUGGAGAACCACCUGCCCCUAGGUCCUCCUGUCCUCUCCACACCAGCAGGUGUCACUGGAGUCCAAGGUGAGUUGCUACUCUCCUCCCCUGCCCAGGCAGCUGAGUUGGCAGGAUUGACAGCACCUCCUGAAACGCAGCGGCAGGUGUUUGUGCGCUAUGACAAAGAGGAGCCAGAAGACGUGGAAAUCUCCCUGGAAAGUGAUUCGGAUGACAGCGUGGUUAUCAUGCCCCAAGGCAUGAUGUUGGAGAUGCAGGAAGGAGCUGGUAACACGCAGAGUCUUCCUCCACCAACGGGCAGCGCCAUGCCUGUGCCAAAUGCUGGUCUGGGUAGUGAAGCAGGCCCUGUUGAAACCUCGCUCUCUAGCGAUCACCCCACAACCAUUGGGCAUCAGAUUCUGCCAGCUGAUGGCAACAACAUCAACUCCUUUCCAGGGACUAGUCAAACAGAGCAGCUGGUCUCUCUGGUGCCACCUCUAAACUCUAACGCUGUGCCUCUUGCAGCAUCUUCUGGUGCACUGGGUAAUUCAUUGCCUGCUGGUGCGCAGCUUCAGCAAAUGUUGAUGCUGCCUUCAUCAGGUGGACAGCAAAGUCAGCUUGGGCUGUCAUUACACAUACAACUCCAGAACCAACUAGUACAAUCCAGCCGCCAGCCAGCUGCCAAUGAGCAGGACCAGAAUGUUAUCAACAUCAACAGCACAGAUGAUGAAGAGGAGGAGGAAGAAGAGGAGGAGUUGGAGGAUGAAGAUGAACUGGGAGAGGAGGAGGAAGAGGAAGAAGGCCUGGAAGAAGAUGAAGAGGAAGAAGAAGGCAGCGAAUAUCCUGAAGAUGGGUUUUUACCAGGAGAUGACUUUGAGGGCUUUGAUGAUGAGGAGGAUGAAGGAGAGGAAAUAGAGGAAGAAGAAGAUGAAGAGGAGGACGACGAGGAAGAGAUCCAGGCAUUGGAGGCCGAAAGUCAGAGGGAUGUGAUUGGUGCAGAAGAGGGGGAAGUAAUGAUCGAAGAGCAAGAAGAGAGGAGAGUUGGCACAUUCCCCAUGGAGGGUGAAAGACCUGUAGAAGGAGGAAUUGAGGAAAUGAAAGCAGUGCAGAGCAUCUUUGAGGAGGAGGGAGUAAAGGAGAAAGUGGGCAUAGAAGAGAUUGAGAACAUCGGUGCUGUAGAGAGGAACGAAAGCGUGGUGGGAGGACAGCAAAUAGAAACUCAUGUAAUUGGUGCAGAGGGUGAGCAAAGCGAAUUAAAUGCCUCUACAGAAGCAGCUGAUCAGGAAGUGCUGCCACAAGAACAGGACGGCUCCAGACCAGAGUCAGUGGUGACUCCAGAGGAUUCUGGGAUACCAUCAGAGGGUCAGGAACAGGAAGUGGCUAUAGGGGUCAGAGAAAAUGAGCCAAGUUCAGAGGUAGAACAAGAGGAAAUACCUAAUCCAUGCACAGCAACCACUUCUGAGGACACUGAAACGAAGCAAGACAACAGAGAAAGCGAGACAACAGAGAAAGAGGUGGUUGAAGGGGUGCAGGUGGAGGAGGAAGAGACACGAGGGACAAAGAGGAAAAUAGAGGACAUAGAAGAAGGAGAGGUAUCUGAACAGAGCAGUGAGAAAAAAAAGCUGGACGAUGAGGCCAUGGCUUCCAUGUUGGCUGACUUUGUGGACUGCCCCCCAGACGAUGAGGACCACGGUGCCUCUCACUCGCAUUCUUAAAGUAAAACCUUCUCCAAGAGCCAUAACUCAUUUGUUGGUGUCAUGGACCCCAGACCUUUCCCUCUUAAUGUUCAUGCAUCAAUAAUUACAUACAGAUAUAAUUCAUUUAAACCUAAAACCUUUUAUCAAAUGUACGUUAACGGUUUUCUAUCUGUGAUGCAGUCAAGAUGUACCUUGUGAUGUCAUUUAAGAUGCAUCCUUCAUGGUAUUGUAAGUGUUUUUCUGACUUAAAUGUUAGAAAUUAUUGUGUUACAAUCCAAACAGCUGGUCAGUAUUUUGUGUAAAUUACUUUUCACUGAGCAAACAGUGGUCUUCCCAGUGUGAGGGAAGAUGUACAGACAGGCUUCUUUGUUUUCUGAACAUGGGUUGCAUGCCUUCAGUCUUCUUACAUGACUGUACCAUUGGAGUACUUUCCUUCUCUGUCACAUUUACACUAAAGAACUUGGGGAUCGCCAUGUGGAAAAUUAUAUGGUUAUUGUAAUUCUUAUGGGGUUUUUUUCUCCCUCAUUUCAGUUUUUUUUUUUUUUUAUACUAUCAUUUGUUAUACGUCUUUAUUUUCUGUUAAUUGAUCACAAAAGACAAUUAAAAACAAAAAAUUCUAAUUGUUUUGGUGCCUUUAUAUAACUAAAUACAGGGUUUGAAGUGUCCAUCAGGACUUUGUCCCAACAAAAAAGUAGCUGCAAUCUGGUGUUUAUACUUGGGUAAGAUGUCAAGCUUAUAGGACAAACACCUUGGGAGUAUUGCAUAUUGGACCAGUAGGUUGAUCGUUCAUGCAUGUUCAUAAAGAUUGGCAUAAAGAAACUCUCAUUUUGUCCAGAGAUAUUUAUUUAAUAAUAAGUUCAGAUUCCACAUAUAGUUGUUAUUGACAGUUGAAUUACAGAAGAGAUUGAAAAGACUUGACAUAUUCACCACUGCUCAAACCUCAGUUUGGUAUAUGGUAUGGGCCUGUGGUAGCCUAGUGGUUAAGGUGUUGGGCUACCAAUCGGAAGGUUGUGAGUUCGAUCCCAGGUCCACCAAGCUGCCACUGUUGAGCCCCUGAGCAAGACCCUUAACCCUCAAUUGCUCAGCUGUAUAAAAAUGAGAAUGUAAAUCGCUCUGGAUAAGGGUGUCUGCCAAAUGCUGUAAAUGUAAAUAUGGAAUCGGUCUCCCCAUGUAAGGACCUUCACUCUUCUUCAAAGGCGUUCCAGGCUUUUGGAGUGUGGCUGUGGGGCUUUACCCCAAGAACUUUAGUAAGGCACUGUUGUCAGGCCGGUGGUACCGUCAGCAUUUCAGUCUAUCCUAAGGUGUUCAAUUGGGUUGAUGUGCAGGCCACUCUGUUUCUUCCACUCCAACCUUAUCAAACCAUGUCUUUAUGGACCUCAGUUUGUGCACAGGGAGACUGUGAUGCUGGAACAGAUUUUGGGCCCCUUAGUUCUUAUAAAGAGAGAGAUUACUGCUACAGUGCAAGAUCAUUUUUGUUCUUAAUAUUAAUCAAAACAAUGUUAUGCCAAUGCAGAAUAAAUGCUUCAAAACCAGAGCUUCCCAAACUAGGGGUCACAUGAUUUACAAAUAGGGUCAGGAGAGUAUCUCCUCUUAUGCUUCAAUCAUUUAUUUUAUUAAUGAAUAUUAGAAAGAAUGCAUUUUGUGUGCUGAUAUUUUGAAAUGUUACUUGGAGGCACUGUCAGAAAAGCCAUAUUUAAAUGAAUAGUCUUAAUGGGUUUCCAAAGUAUUGUCCUAAAUAUUGGUUUAAUGUUUUUGUGAAUUUUUUUUUUCUUUUUUUGAUGUUUAUUUGUUUUUAGAAGUUAGUGAGGCUUAU